CAUUUUCUCCUCAAAGCAACCGUCACACCGCCGCUGCAUUCUUGCUUGGUGCAAGAGACUGUCACUCGAAAUAGCGUAACAAUCGGAAGCAUUGCUUUGUUCUCCUUUCAAUACAGAUCCCAUCUGCAGUCAAAGCACACUAGGAGCCUAAAAUCAAGCAAGGAAUAUGUCUAACAAUGAAGGACAAACGACGUAUCGAGUCGACCCUACUGUGAACAAUUUCGGUCCGACCAAUGAAACGUUGCGCCAACCACAUCGGUCUCGUUCAUCCUCCCAAGGCAACUCGCAGCAGCAGCAGCAGCAGCAGCAGCAAGCGAAGGAAGAAAGCAGUCGUAGCCAUCGUCACAAGACCGAUGUCAGAAACGAUGAAAACAUGGAGGUGAAUCUGAGGAAGAGACACUCGAGUCGAAGUGGCAAAACAUCGACAACCAGCAAAAAGAGCAAGAAGAACGUGCUAGGUCCCAGCAGUAAACAUUCUACAGGACUACAACAGCCAAAGGCUUCGUCCUCCUCCUCCUCCAACAAGCACUCAAACUCAUUACGAAAGCAGGCACCUUCUGUGGCUCAAACCGACAAGGAAAAUGGAGCGUCGACUACAAGAGGCAGCAAAAGCAGUGACGACCAAAACGCUGCCGCAAAAAACGACAAUAAUCAGCUCGAAGUGUCCAAUGCCAUGCUGAAACAACACCGUAACCGCCUCAUUGCCGGUGGUCAGAUUGCCGCUGGCAUUUUGACGCCUCACAACAAUAGCAACAAUUCGGCGCUGUCAUCCGAACAUGCUCCGUGGGGUGGCUUUGUCCGCAAGGGAACCAUGCUCAAAACCUUUUUGGAUGAUGCCAUGCAACAUGUCGCAACGGGAUACGCCGUCACGACGGGUGCCAACAAGCGACAGCGUGUCCAAGGCGACGAAAACAGCAAUGACGCGCAGCACGAAAAGGAUCGAGACAAGGCUGUUUCGGACAUUGCCAAGGACAAGACGAAGGAAUUGGUGAUUCUUCAGCAGAAACUGGAAGAAUCACAAGCCCAAGUGGCAGCCUUGACAGCCUCCAAUGAAACAUUGCGAGAGGAAACAUCUGCCUCGGCACUUCGCUUUGAACGGACGAUUGAAGCACUCAAAAUCGCCGCGGCCAAUGCGGCAUCCGCACGAACCGAUGCCGAUCAAGCCGAAGUAUCGGCAGAAGGAUUGGCUACGCAGUUGGAAGCACUCAAAAUCGUCGUCGAACAGACCAAGCAAGCGGCACAAGUUCUGCACGAAGAACAAGAAGAAAUUUCCAAACAGGCACGAAAUGGACAGGCCAAACUGUUGCAGGUCGAAACCGAAUUGGCACGAUCCCAAAAGGAAACAAAACAAUUGCGGGAACAAGCAGACGAAUGGCAAAAGCAGGCAAAGGAAUUGCAGGAGGAGGCGACGGAUCUGAAACGACAGCUCGCCGAUCAAACCGAACAAACGCGAAAAUUGACCACUGCCUUGGAAGAACGAGAUGCGCUCGAGGUUGCUCGAAAAGAACGCAAUCAGCAAGUGGAACAAGAGCUACGAGAGGCUCAGGAGCUGCUCGUCAAUGUCACGUCGGCGGCAGCCAAUUCAGAGACAUUGGAAAGUCUCAAUGAAGGCAUCGAAAAGCUUCAAGCUGCAAACAAGAAUCUGCACGAGCAACUGGUGACGCAGCAAGAGACGGCACGAGAAGAUAAGGAGCGUCUUCGAGAAUCGUUGCUCCUCGCCGAAAAAGAUGCCCAAAGUCUACGAAUUGAAGCCAGCCUCCAAAACGACCAGCACAACGAUGACGACGACAAUAACAGCAAACAUACAUUGACGGACGCCAACUCGAACAGCAGGGUCAGUCCCGAUGGUUCUGCUCGUGGAGAGUCGGACACUUCGUUUUCCUUGAGAAUGCCAUCGGAUCUACUGGAUAGUCAGCAUGCAGUGCCACCAGCAACAACCUGCAGUGUUUGUUUCAAAGAUGCCUACGGCUUGAUGAAGUCAUGUCAAUGCGGCAACCCCCAAUGCGACAAGAGGGCUCAUAUCACGUGUGCUAAUCGGAUCAACCCGGCACCCUCCGUUUCUCAUCCUGGUACCCCGGCUGCCAAGCUUCCCGUGGUCCUAUGUUCUGGGGCAUUGGCUGGAAUUCUCAAAAACCGCAAUAGCAGCAACGGGCUGGCGAGCAGCGACAACGGACUGGCGAGCUUUUAAAGCUGGCUGGUGCAUUCAUGGAUGGACGCAAGUGGAGGUUGGAACACAUCAUCCGUAAAGUAUCUGUGGUACCGUACGGUAGCAGAGCAACAACGAAGGGCAGGCCUGCCAUGCUUAUUCUCGUACCCACAGAAGUAAACAUUUAAGAACCUACCAUUGUGU